UUCACUCUCCCCCUCUUUCUCUCUCUCCCCCCUCUGCGGCUCUAUCUGCUGGCGCUGCAGUGAAUCUCUCCCCCGCUGUCAGAAACCGUAAAGUCAGACAGCCGGUGGUCGGUAUCGUACCGUUAAAAGUCAGAAACCUCGUCGAAACGUCGUCUUUAUCUGCGCGCGACGAUCCGUCAACGGAGCUUUAAAUCACCCUCCAAGCAGCUUCAGGCCCCCUCUGCAGCAAACAUGGGAAAUGAAGCCAGUUACGCCCUGGACAUGUGCUCGCACUUCGAUGCCGAUGAGAUUAAGAGGCUAGGAAAGCGAUUUAAGAAACUGGACCUUGAUAACUCCGGGUCCCUGAGCGUGGAGGAGUUCAUGUCCUUACCCGAGCUCCAGCAGAAUCCGCUCGUGCAGCGAGUUAUCGACAUAUUCGACACCGACGGAAACGGGGAAGUCGACUUCAAAGAGUUCAUCGAAGGAGUCUCCCAGUUCAGCGUCAAAGGCGACAAGGAGCAGAAGUUGCGUUUCGCCUUCCGGAUCUACGACAUGGACAAGGACGGCUACAUCUCCAACGGGGAGCUCUUCCAGGUCCUCAAGAUGAUGGUGGGGAACAACCUGAAGGACACCCAGCUGCAGCAGAUCGUCGACAAAACCAUCAUCAACGCAGACAAAGACGGAGACGGGCGGAUAUCCUUCGAGGAGUUCUGUGCGGUCGUCGGUGGAUUAGACAUUCACAAAAAGAUGGUGGUGGACGUCUGACGACUUUGCUUUUUUUUCUUCUUUUUUCUUUCCUCCAUUUACUGAAGAUCUGCUUGAAGACAUCGUCCAACCAAAUGCUCAACGAAAGUAUUUUCUCUGUGAAAAAUCCCUCCCUCUCUCCCCCCCCUCCCCCCCCCCCUCCCUGAGCCUUCUGAAGCCAAACUUUCACCAAGUAUUAAUCGAACAGGAACUCUCUGUGACUCGUCGCACUCUAAAAGCCGACGGACGGCUUUUUAGCUCAGAGCGGCGGUUUCAGUUUGGUGGAGGAAAGCUGGUGUGUGUGUGCGUGUGUGCGUGUGCAUGUGUCUUUAAGUGUGCAUGUGUUCUGUAUGUUUUACUGGUUUUUCAAGGUAUGUUGGGGUUUAUUAUUAUUUUUGAAAUAUAUUUAUUUUGGUGUCAUUUUGUUUUCUCUUUUUUUGUUUUGUUUUAUUUUGGAGAAUCAAAGGAAGUCCAUCUUAAAGAAAGUAAAGCUCUAGUGGGUGCGUGUCAUUGGCGGCGAUGUUACUUGAUUUCAGAACAACACAAACGCAGCAUGAAGUGCCAACAAGAAUUUAUUGACAUGCAGGUAAAAAAUAUAUAUAUAUAAAAAUAUUAAUCUGUCUUUUUAUUUUUGAGAUGUAAUUGUAUUAUGGAAUGCAUUUAUCUUACUGGAGUUAUUUACACUUACGGACAGCUUCGCUUUACGGUCGCGUUUGGCUUUUUUGAGUCGUAACCAUGGCGACGGGGCGACGCGCUCUCAACCGUUUGUCUCCUUUCUUUAUCGUGAAGAGUUGUAAAAAAAAAACACACAAAAAAACGACUUUGACGUUGACGCGAACUUUCAUGAAACCUGUAAUCAAGAAAACUCCCGACGUGACAUGAACGGGUGUGUGUGGGGGGGGGGGUGAGUGCAUGAAUGUUGAGUAAUCUAUAAAAAAAAUUAAAUAAACUACUUUACAUAUUUGUUCGUAGAUUUUACCGCAAAACUCCUGAGACAUAAAACUCUUUAUGGGAGAAAAAAACAUCAGUUUUGACAUUUUUAGGAGAGGGAAAAAAAACUUUCAUAUUUUCUGCCCAUUUAAAAAAAGAAGAAGAAAAAAAUAAAUAGAGAACAUUUAACGAGUGUCGAUUUGUGUAUUUCCCUCGUGAUUAAUUCCCACGUUUGCUUUGGUGAGAACUAGAAGGCGUGACGCCUCCGAUCCAGUUGGGCGACCUGCGGAGAACGAAAGAACGUUUGCGCCGCUCGCCGCUUCUGGACGUUCACGUCUUUGCCAACUUCCUGUCACAGUAUUUUUAGCUCUCGGCUGAACGACUUUUCUACCUGAAACGACUUGUGACGUGUUUGCAUGACGUGUGAUCUGAUCUGAUCUCUGAUUUCUUCUUCGUCGUCGUCUUCUUCUUCUUCUUCUCCUUCUCCCUUUUCUUCUUCUUCCCGUUGCUCUUUGCAUGUCGAUCAGAUUUUAUUAAAAGGCUUUUUAAGCUUUCUUAAAGCUUCCUUUUUCCUUUUCUUUUUUCAAAAGCUGGUCUCGAAAUUUAAUGAAAUGAGUGAAAUGUCUCGCGAAUGCAAAUAAUCUACUCUGCGCAUGCUAGUAUGUGUAUUACUGGUUUGACCACUUGCAUAUUUGCAUUUUUAUACAGUUAUACGAUACAAUCUAAAGUUUUUGGUGCAUGUUCAAUAGUUAGAAAUCAUGAGAAGUAGCUACUUCAAUAGAAACCUAAACCCUUAAAAAGUAAAAAAAAAACUUUAUUUAGCUGUAAUAGUUUCAUAAUUUAAACGUGUGGAAAUGGUGUCAGGGUUGUGUUAUUAUCAGAUAAUGUAUUUCAUGGUGAGCAAAAGUAAUCUUAACAUCGUUUGUAUUGUAUUUCAUUACUUUAGCAUUUCACAGUUUUGGCUCAUUUCAUGAAAUUCAGUGAGACCGUGUUGUGUUUACAUAUAAAUAAUGGUGAUAAAUAAAUAAAACAUGGACAUUUCAAGCACGUUGAUGUUGCCAAUAAAGGUUUAAACAUGGAGAAAAUAAACUACAAAAACUGUA